GUCCUGAUUGCCCCUGCUAUUGGACCAAAGAUGGGUCUUAACUUCAGUGUACUCAACACAUUCGGAGUCCCAGGGCUGAGGGGGGCGACUACCAAGCAGGUUUAUGAGCGGCAUUUCGCGAACAAGGAAACCAAGGAGUUCAAAGAUUUCCACAUUGCCUACGUCGAGUUCUGCAAGUAUUUCAACACGGUGAUGCCCGGUCAGGAUUUUGACACUCCAUCUACUACGGUGAUUCAGAAAUUCUUUGAAGACGAGUGGAAGCCGGAGAAGAACGAGGAGGAGAGGAAGAGGAAGUUCCUGGAGUUCAUGAGGAAGAAGGUGAGGGAGGCCAAGGUGGACGACAGCUUCUUCAUCGCGGCGGGGCUGGCGGUGCCGGUGGCGGCCGUCAUCGGCAAGAGGGCCAGCGGGCAGAUCCCCUACGUGAAGAGCGUGAGGCUGGACCUGGUCCCCAACGUCGUGUUCGUGCCGUUCGUGACGCUGCUCGGCAUCAUGGGCGCCACCGCGUGGCAGAUGGGCAACAAGAGCGCUGUCGCCCAGGAGGACGAGGACGCCAACGAGGAGGAGAAGAAGAAGGAGACGAUGAAGCGCGCGGCGGGGCAGCAGCAGCAGGAGGAGCAAAACAGGUCGCCUUGAUUGAUGGCUUGUUCUUCAUGCAUGCGUGCAUGCAUCGUCUCUUGGUUGAUGAAUGCGUGUGUACUGUAUGCAUGGAUGACUCUGGAUCAGUCACUCGUUUAUUCACCCAAUAACCAUGGGAUUAUUAUUUGUUCAUCGAUGAAACAUUUUAUGGCGCAUAAACAAUAAUCUCAUGGAUGCAAAAUUGUG